AUGCAAAUUCAGAUAUUAAGCAGGUUACCGGUUGAGUCACUAAUGAGGUUUAAGUGUGUGUGCACACGUUGGAAAUCAUUAAUCAGUGAAGAUCCAUGGUUGGUUGAGCUGCACAAUAAUCACUCGAAGAAGCAACCGUGUCUUGUUGUGGUACCUAAACAGAUUAAGGCUAGAAUCGAUGAAUGCACACAGAGAAGCUAUAAACUGAAGAGUUACUUGACAGCCAGCUUGUCAGUUGAACGCAAAACUAGGCAAACAACAACAAUGCACACUUUAUCGAAGAGGGAAUCAAAUUUUAUGGUUUUCGACUAUGUAAUUGGACCAGUAAACGGGUUAUUUGGUUUUGCCGAAAAUUACAUUUCAACUGUUACCAUCUACAAUUUUAGUACCCAGGAAGUAGUACAACAGUGCAGCAUGCCAACUUUAUUAACAAAAUCAAAGCAGUAUCCAUGUUAUGUUGCAGUUCCCGACUCCCAACAUUAUUUCUUUGGAUUCGACUCUACCAUUAACAAAUACAAAGUGGUUUGUGUUUGGAGAGUACAAGAUUGCCAAGCUUGUGAGGUGUUUACUUUAAACAGCAGCAUUACAUGGAAAAAAAUCGAUCAGGUAAUUCCACCAUGUUGUUUCCAUGAAAAGUAUGUUUUCGCAAAUAACUCCAUUUACUGGAGGAGUUCUGUUAAAGAUCUCCGUAGUCUUCGUUUCUUCGUCGAACAAUUAUCCAAAAUAGACACAAGUAAUGAUGAAGUCUUAGUGGCAUUUGAUCUUGGAAGUGAGAAGUUUAGAGUUAUUCAUGUUCCUAAUUUCGUUCCUCCUCGUAAUUCUCACUUGGACCUUUCCUGUCCUGAUGGUCGUACUUUUAAGUUUCAUCCGGUUUUGUUGGAAGUGGAUGGGCGUGUUGUUAUUUCUAAUAGACUGGAUUACGACAUUAUUGAACUGUAUGUAAUGGAUGAUGAAUGUGUCAACAAGGUGAAUGCAAACAUGAUGAAUUGGUCCAAAGAGAGUAUUGAAGUACCCAUUGUUUUGAACUACGCUUGGAUUGUUGUUUAUUCCCUUCCUGGAUCAGACUACAUACUCUUGGUAUGUUAUAAUUGUCAUGCAAAAAUAAGGUCUCCCUCUCUUUAUUUUUACAACAGAAAAAAGAAGACUUUCAAAAUGAUUAUCUUUGAUGAAUGGGGCUCUAAUUUUCACCAUCCUUAUAUGUAUUCGACUUUUGUGGAGAGCCUUUCCCCAUUUCGGUUUUAG